AUGGAACAAUUCCGGCAGAUAGGCGAGGCCCUAGGAAGCCUGAAGGCGUUGAUGGUGUUCUGUGAAGAUAUCCAAAUAAACCUGAGGCAAUGCACCUUGUUGGUGGACAUGCUGAGCUCCGCUUACGAGGUUGUGGCGGAAGAGAUGAAGCAUAACCUGAGGUUCGAGGAGAAGCAGGUGAAAUGGAGGAUCCUUGAGCAGCCGCUGAAGGAGCUUCUCAGGGUUUUCAAGGAAGCAGAGCUCUACGUUAGAUCCUGCCUCGAGACUAAGGACUGGUGGGCCAGGGCGAUUGCCCUUUACCAGAACGCCGACUGCGUCGAGCUUCAUAUCCACAAUUUGUUGUGCUGCAUGCCAAUCGUGAUAGAGGCGAUCGAGAUAGCGGGGGAAAUGGCAGGGUGGGACCACGACGAGAUGCAGAAGAAGAGGCUCGUCUACACCAGGAAGUACCAGAAGGAGUGGAAGGACCCGAAGCUUUUCCAGUGGAAAUACGGGAAGCAGUAUCUCAUCACGCCCGAGUUCUGCAGGUUGUUGGAGGCGGUUUGGAAAGAAGACCGGUGGAUUCUCCUCAACAAAGUUCGGGAGAAGAGCCAUUCAGGCCCAACCACGAAGCAGGAGCAGCGACUGAAUGAUCUCCUCUCCCGGAACUUGGACAUAUCGGAGCCCUCGAAUUGGAAACUCCUGCCUAGCUCAGUCUUGUUGGGCUCCAAGGAUUACCAAGUGAGGAGGCGGCUCGGGUGUGGAGGUGGGCAUAAAGAAAUCCUUUGGUUGGGCGAGAGCUUCGCUAUGAGACAUAUUAUCGGGAAUAUCGAGCCCUUGGCUCCCGAGAUCUCGACUCUCCAUUCUCUUUCCCACCCGAACAUAAUGCACUUGCUCUGCAGCUUCAUGGAUGAGGAGAAGAAGGAGUGCUUUCUUAUUAUGGAGCUAAUGAACCGAGACCUCGGCAGCUAUAUCAAGGAGAUAUGCGGCCCGAGAAAAAGAAUCCCGUUUUCUCUUCCAGUUGCUCUUGAUUUGAUGCUUCAAAUCGCUAGAGGAAUGGAGUAUCUCCACCAUAAGAAAAUGUACCACGGAGAUUUAACUCCUUGUAACAUCCUGGUGAAAGCAAGAGGAAAUUCCUCUGAAGGGUACUUGCACGCGAAGGUCUCGGGCUUCGGCUUAUCGCAGGUGAAAAGCUCACACCAGAAGUCGCCUUUGACUCAUAGCGCGUCCCUCCCAUUCAUCUGGCAUGCCCCAGAGGUGCUCGCCGAGGGAGAAGAGGCAGGAGGUCCUGGGCAUAGCAAGUACAAUGAGAAGUCUGAUGUUUAUAGCUACGCGAUGAUCUGCUUUGAGCUCCUCACUGGCAAAACACCAUUUGAGGAUGCGCAUCUUCAAGGGGACAAGAUGAGCCGAAACAUCAGGGCAGGUGAACGGCCCCUGUUCCCUUUCCACUGCCCGAAAUACCUCAUAAACUUGACAAAACGAUGCUGGCAUACCGAUCAGACUCAGAGACCAAGCUUCUCAUCCAUAUGUAGAAUACUCCGGUACGUGAAACGUUUCCUCGCAAUGAAUCCUGAACACAGCAUCCAAUCAGACCCACCAAUGCCGUUGGUGGAUUACUCCGAUAUAGAAUCGAGGCUUUUAAGGAAGUUUCCUUCCUGGGAUGGCCCGAACCUACUCCCAGUGUCAGAAAUCCCGUUCCAAAUGUUUGUUUAUAGGGUGGUGGAGAGGGAGAAAGUGUGUGCCAGCCUUAAAGGGGACUCGGAAUCAGGAAGCGACAGUGCUUCGGUUGGUGGGGAUGAGAACAUGCUCACGGGAGAUGAUCCUUUCCUUUCGAUGGCCGAAAGGAAGUUAUCCAUUUCUCCCGAGCCUCCGAACAAGAACUUGCUGUUGUUGAAAAGAUCACCAGAUGCCAAAACCGGCAAACAACCAGGGACACCAAGAGGACGAUUACUGAGACCUCCACAGAUAACUUCAGGAAGCCGAACCAUGAGAAUGAAUUCUGAGGGUCAGCUGCUGACCAUGAGCCCCAAGAUAAGGCGAUCGUCCUCAUCGGGUCAUGCCUCAGACUCGGAGCUUCCCUAGUCGUUCUUUAAUUUGUUGUUGGGUGUUCUGCACUUCAUGGAGAGCAAGCGAAUUUUUGUCGAGCAGCUUCUUGCUCAAAUGAUGCAUUAGCUGUAGUUUGGCAUUGACAUUUGACAAGCAAAACAUAUGGUGAUGACUGGAGCAUUGUAGGAAA